AUGCGCGGUGUGCAAUCUACCGGAGCGCGAGAGGUAGGGAAGGCAGUCCUAAUGGCGGAGAAUGUACGGUCGCCUUUUGACUACCGGGAGCCCCCGACCCUCGACAGCGACGGGGAUGGCAGCAAGCCCCCGCCGCCACGGGGCCGAGUGUGUGGGAGAAAAAGGAAGGGGACACCUGUGAAGGUGUGUGACCGAGCGUAUGUAACAGAAGAUGAGGAGGAGGAGAGCAUGUCAGAGCACAGCUACAGCCCCGGUGAUGGCCCGUACCCAGAGGGUGCAGAAGACCGUCUCCCUCCCCCUGGCAGUCCGUACUACCUCCCUGAUCCCUCUCAGCUCUGUGUGCCAGAAUUGGGAGAGGAGGGUGCAGGUGGUGUCCGGGGACCAGUGCUUUUUCACCCACCACCCAAUUGCCGAAUCAGAGAAGUCCACUGUGGGACCCAGGUGCGGUUGGUUGUCAUAGCAAUCCGGGACAUCGCAAAAGGGGAGGAGAUCACAGUGGACUACAGCCUGACGGACUGGGGCGAGAACGCAUUGGAGGAGGAGGCUGGCCCCCAUCCACUGUCCCUGUCUGUUUCUGAUUACCUGACUCCCUCCUGGUCAUUAUCCCCUUCAUCCUCCCCACUCACCCAUUCUGAGCCCAGCGACUCUGACCGAGAGGAGGAUGAAGAGGAGGAAGACGAUGACGACGACGACGACGAUGAAGAGGAGGAGAUCGAGGAGAUCAGGGGCCGAAUACUUCGCCGGCGCAAAAAACGCAAGCUUUCCACGCCGGUUGAUGCCAAGAAGAAGAGCGUGCCCUCGUCCUCCAGGGGGCCCGGCCGCCCCUGCUCCUCCUUUUCCCGCCCAGCGCCGGCCCCGCCCACGGCCAGGUCCCAGGGCUCGGUCAACACGCUUUCGCCCCCGACCACCAACAUAAACAAUAACAUCAACAUAAACAUCGGCAGCUCCGCGGGGGCUCCUGUGAGCCGGCGCCAGCACUGCCCCUACUGCGGCCGCCACUUUCGCUCCUUAGCACGCCACCUGGAGAAGUAUCAUGCCAACCAGCCCGACGUGAGAACGGCCAUGGAGCUGGCCCACCUCCACACGCACGGCUCCUCCAAUGGCAGCGCCCCUCACCCGCACCCCUCCUCAUCUACUACCUCUGCUCCCCAUUCGUUCGCUGUCCCUCAGCCCUCCGUCUCCAGCUCCACUCCGCCCUCUCUCUUCUCCAGGGAGAGGGAGCCUCCAGCCACUCGACUAAACACGGGUGGCGUCUCUUUCUCCCUGUCACUUUCGCCGCCUUCUUCAGCUCAGCCUGCAGCCGCGAAGAAGGCGGCUAACGUACCACUGCCUACGGCAAAGCUCCCCCCUCCCUCGAUGCAAACCCGGGUAAAGAGUCCGUCACCCCCUGCCCCCUCCACUCCGAGAAGGGGCCGGAGGAUGAAGACUGAAAAGCACGAGGAGCAGCCGAAGGUGGAGGUGGAGAACUCGAGAAAUCAAGAGGAGCUGCUGCCCCCUCCUACACCAGAGCCAGAUGUUGAUCCAGAUGAAGAACUGGAGCUGAGUGGAGAAGGGGAGGACGACGCACCAGAGGAGAAGAAUGGAGAAGUAGUAAGCGCGCAGAGACAGCACAUUUCUCCGCUGCUGUCCUCCCUGUCUUGCUUGGUGCUCUACCUCCGUCACCAGCAGCACUCCUCUUUCCUCUCUUUGACUCGCUCUCCUCACUCCGCCGAGGCCUGGCGCCUGCUGUGCCACUCCAGCCUCUCCCUGCUCAUCCUCUACAACCGCCAUCGGGAAUGUGAGGUGGCCAAGCUCACCAUCCAGGACUACCGCAACCGCAUCACUGCGCAGCCCGGCCCCAACCCCCCCUCUGGCAUGGAAGCCCUCCUGUCCCCCUUCGAACGCCAGGUCCUCUGUCACCUCCCACGGGCGGGUGUCUUAGGCAAGCGCGGCCGCGUCCAGCCCCUCAUCUUCCCGCCACACUGUGAGUCCUGCCUGGACCUGCUUCUACGAACCAGCCCCAACGUGGGCGUGGACCCCGAGAGCCCCUACGUCUUCUCGCGGCCCUACCACUCUCCCGCCACCCCUCUGCGCGGCACGGACCUGCUGAGAAACCUGGCGCGAGCCAGCGGGGCCAAGAACGCCGGGUCUCUGACGGCCACGCGGGUCCGCCGGCAGGUGGCCAUCCUCACCCAGCUGCUGCUGCUGGAGGAGGGGGAGGCCGGAGGGGUCAAGCGGCUGGAGGACUUCCUGGAGCGCGAGUACCACGUGACCCAGAACUGCUCCUCCAUCAUACGAGACCCGGCGCUGAUGGGUCGCGUCGGGCGCGUUGUGCUGUACGGAGAAAGGGAGGGGGUGCUUUUCAGGGGCAUGAGCCUGCAGGACAUCUGCCUCGAGUUAGACGUUAUGUCUGGCAACUCGGCGGAUUCGUUUUCAGAAGAUUCGGAGCCAGAGGAAGAGAAACAUGAAGUUAAGGAGAAGGCAGAGGUGAAGACGAAGAAGAAAGGGCCCGGCCGGCCGCCGCGUAAGAAGAAAGCGCCCGUUCCUUCACCUGGCGGCCUGCAAAUCGCCAAUGACCACAAGAGGAGAUGCGUUCCUCCCAAAUCAGGGAAGCGGGGUGUGCUGAAGCGUCCCUGGUCGGAGGCGGAGCGCGUAGCGGUGGAGACCAACCUGAAGAGAAACCUGCUGGAGCUGCGCGUCCCCGCCAAGGCCGACUGCGAGCGCUGCCUGGAACUCUGCCCCCUGCUGGUGAGCAACCAGCGAGACUGGAGAGCGAUCAAGUUUUACGUGCACAACCGCAUCCAGCUGCUAAAGAAGCAGGGGAGGAGGGAAAGCGCCGCCGCCGUCAGCUAGAGCAGAGCGGCGCCGGAGGACGGGCGUCGUGAGGGUUGAUCCACCAGCAGUCACUGUGGAGAGACAAACUCUGGGCUGCUGCUUUCAUUUUUCUGCCAUGGAUGCAGCAGUCAAAGUUAAGAUGCAUUCCAGGUCUCGUCGACCUGGUCACGAGGGAGUAGUGUAAUAAAAGUGACUAAGCUAAGGGGGCGGAUGGGUGAGGGAUUAUGCGUGCCCCCCAGUUGCCGUUUCCCGCCGUCUGUUUUCAGUUGCAUUAGGACGACAUGUCCGUGUACUUGUGAGGUCAGACACAGUGAAUCGCUAUUUCUUUUCAAAAUGUCAUUUUAACUUAAAGUGAAGGGGAAACCAGGUGGUCGGGGUAACAAGCACCAAAUGUCUGUGGAGUGAUUUGUGCUUUAAACAGGAGAAACCACAGCAAAUAGUCCCUACAUGAUUAUUUGCUUUGCCUGAAGGCUGUUGACCAAACGUGAAUGUGUAAAGCUUUGGGAGAAGAAACCUAAAGGGUGUGAUCUUCAAAUGAGCAGAAGACAACACCUCUCGCUGAUUCAUAUGAACUUGUAUAGUUUGUGUUUAAUUCUGACAUUGUGCUCCCAAAUGAUGAGUGUAUUUAAAAAAAAAAAGUGUUUUUCAGUGUCUCAGACCAUAAUGCAACGAUUAAGUGUUUUUUGCAUACCUCUAUACCACGAUCAUAGACUAGUAUGUAUCAAUGCACACUGACUUGAAUUUACCAAGCAUCAACAUUUUUAAAAAAUAAUGUAUUUCAGAAUCAACAUAUGGUCUUAUUCAUAAUGUAAAU